AUGAUUGCUGUUCUCUUCUUAGCUGUCCUCUGCUUGGAAGGCGACUCAGCUUUUACCACACUGGGUCCCAGUUUGGAUGCUGAAUGGCACGAAUGGAAGACAAAACAUGGGAAAACAUACAACACGAAUGAAGAAAGUCUAAGGAGAACAGUGUGGGAGAAGAAUUUUAAAAUGAUUGAACUGCACAAUCGGGAAUACCUCAAGGGGAAGCAUGACUUCACCAUGGCUAUGAACGCCUUUGGUGACCUUACCAAUACAGAAUUCAGGAAUAGGAUGACUGGCUUUCGAUGGCAGAGGAUCAAGAAGAGGCACACAUUCCAGGAUCAUCUCUUUCUGUCUGUCCCCAGAUCUGUGAAUUGUAGGGAACGAGGCUACGUGACCCCUGUGAAGAACCAGGGUCACUGUGCUUCUAGUUGGGCUUUUAGUGCCACUGGAGCCCUAGAAGGACAAAUGUUCAGGAAAACAGGGAGACUGAUCCCGCUGAGUGAGCAGAACCUGCUGGACUGCAUGGAAUUUAAUGUUACCCAUGGCUGCAGUGGUGGCUUCAUGCAGCAUGCCUUCCAGUAUGUGAAGGAUAGUGGCGGCCUGGCUACUGAGAAGUCCUAUCCUUACAAAGGGCUGGGUGGAGAGUGCAGGUACCAUGCCGGGAUUUCUGCAGCUAAUGUCAGCGACUUUGUACAAGUCCCAGGAUGCGAGGAAGCCCUUAUGAAGGCAGUGGCUAAGGUGGGGCCCAUCUCUGUGGCAGUUGAUGCCAGUCAUAGCUCCUUCCGGUUCUAUGAGAAUGGCACUUAUUAUGAGCCACAGUGCAGAAGGGUUCACCUAAAUCAUGCUGUUCUGGUGGUCGGCUAUGGCUUUGAAGGAGAAGAGUCAAAUGGCAACAGCUACUGGCUGGUCAAGAACAGCUGGGGUGAAGAAUGGGGCAUGAGAGGCUACGUGAAGAUGGCCAAGGACUGGAACAACAACUGCGGAAUUGCUACCUAUGCCACCUACCCCAUCGUGUGA